CAUGUUAAAUUUAUUUACAAAUUGUUUAAUUUGAAACAUGAGUAAGAAAUCAACGCGCUCCACAAAACUGAAGUCUGAUCCGGAUGCUGUGCCUAAAAAAGCAUCGGUAUGUGCAAUAAAAAAAGUGCUUUUUAUAGCACACAACCUGUUGCAUGGCGAACAAAAAAUAUGUUUGGAGCGUUUCUAUCAUCCUGGCAAGGGACGCAACGCAUUGUUUGCCACGCUUGGAGAUAGUGUAAUAAUGGAGGUGCUAGAGUACGCCGAGUCACGCCGCAGCUGGCUUUUAACAGCGCUGAGCACCGAGGUGUGCUCCAAUGGGCGAAUUUACAUAACGGCACCCAUAGAUUUGAACUUCUUGGCGCUGCAUCAACUGAGAAAACAUUGCUCUCAGCGGGCUAUCUCGCUGGACAGCAUAAGCGAGGACUCUGACACUAAUCGAUUGCUUACCAAAUUUGUUAACCCGGAAACACUUAAGUGUGUGGCGGAUGUCAAGACUUCUGGCGAGCAGAGUUUUUAUAAAUACAAUGCAGCGCGAACAAUGGCUUGGUUAGCACUAAAGACGCGGCAAGUGAUGACUGUGCUGAGGAAAAAGCAGGUCCACUGCGGCCGCGGUGCAAAGUCACAAAACUAUGUGCAAAGUGAAAAGCUGGCGGAUGGGAAUGAUGUGAAUGAGAUGGACUACACUCGUAUGGCAUGCGACUAUGUUGGUCGCUACUUGGAUGCCGACUUGCACGAAGAACUAACGCGCUAUCUGCAUAUUCCAAGCGAGAUCCAAGCGCUGGUUGAAGAGCAGAGCAAUGCACAAAAGCGGAAAUCCCAGCAAAGCGAGUCCAAAGCCAACAGCAAGAAAAUUAAGCUUGCUGGCGAGGACGCUGCAAGUAAGCUGCGUCAAAGUGGACUAGUGGACAGCGAAGAACCAGUUACUUCGCCAACGGCUGCAGCACCCACUCCCCUCAAAGAACGUAGCUUAACAGCCAAGGAGAAGGCGUUGGCCAAAGGCGCCAAGGGUAGCAAGAGCAUUGCCUCAUUUUUUAAAGCAAAAUAAUAGAAACUAAUAAACUUAU